AUGCAGGACCCACCUAGGAGACUCUCAGCAGUGAAUUUCCUCAGCACUUUCAUCCAAAGCCGGAGGCUCUCCACUUCAGACCCCUUCUUGUGGCUGCAGCGGCAGCAGCGCAGCAGCUGCAUGACCAAGAUGUUCUCACCGUCUUCCAUUCAGGUGAUGGUGGCUGUUGCAAAGGGAAAGCCAACUUUCCCUGAGAGAAAAAGUAAAGGAAAUUCAGGACGUCCAACACCAAAGUACACAAAAGUUGGGGAGCGUUUAAGGCAUGUCAUUCCUGGAUACAUGGCCUGUUCCAUGGCAUGUGGUGGUAAAGCCUGCAAGUAUGAAAACCCAGCCCGCUGGAGUGAUCAGGAACAAGCCAUUAAGGGUGUCUACUCAUCCUGGGUCACUGAUAACAUACUUGCCAUGGCUCGCCCAUCCACUGAGCUCAUAGAAAAGUAUCACAUCAUCCAGCAGUUCCAAAGCUGUGGCAUAAAAACAGUAAUUAACCUUCAACGUCCUGGUGAGCAUGCUAGCUGUGGGAACCCUCUGGAACAAGAAAGUGGUUUCACUUACCUUCCUGAAGCUUUCAUGGAGACUGGCAUUUUUUUCUACAACUUCGGAUGGAAAGAUUAUGGUGUAGCAUCUCUUACUACAAUCUUAGAUAUGGUGAAAGUGAUGACAUUUGCCUUACAGGAAGGAAAAGUAGCUAUUCAUUGUCAUGCAGGACUUGGUCGAACAGGUGUUCUAAUAGCAUGUUAUUUAGUUUUUGCAACAAGAAUGGCUGCUGACCAAGCAAUUAUAUUCGUUCGAGCAAAGCGACCCAAUUCCAUACAAACUAGAGGACAACUACUAUGUGUAAGGGAAUUUGCACAAUUUUUGAUUCCUCUUCGCAAUAUAUUUUCUUGCUGUGAUCCCAAAGCACAUGCUGUCACCUUAGCUCAGUAUCUGAUUCGCCAGCGUCAUCUGCUUCAUGGUUAUGAAGCACGACUUCUGAAACAUGUGCCAAAAAUUGUUCACCUAGUUUGCAAAUUACUGCUGGAUUUAGCUGAAAAUAGGCCAGUGGUAAAAGAGGAAGAAUUAGAAGUACCAGACCUCUGUGCUGAGAUUGAAAAGACAGUUUCUGAGAUGGUCUCAGUGCAACUGGAUAAAGAAUUAAUGAGGCAUGACAGUGAUGCAUCAGACCCUUUCACCCCCAUAGCAACAGCAGCAGCUUUGGAGAAUCCAGAUGUCAUUCUUUCCAGUGAGCAAGGACUUGAUCCUGUUUGGAAGAGGUGGAAUGUUGAAUGUCUCCAACCGCUGACUCCUGUGAAAAGGCGGCUCAGCUACAGUGACUCAGAUUUAAAACAGGCUGAAUUACUUUGGGAGCAAGGUAUGACUCAGUGGACAGUGCCUACCCAAGUCUUGCUGUGCCGUAACUUCAAGCAGCAGAAACCUAUAAGCAAUUGUUACAUUCCACAGCUUCCACAACUAGAUUUAAAUAAGGAAACUUUGGUACACAAUACAUUUUCUUUCUGGAAUCAGGCUAAGUUUGGAGGCUUAGGAGGACUCAAAAAUGAUGAAUUACCACUUUUCCAGAGGAGGGAUAUUCCAAACGAAAUACAGCGGAGUAGAACCUUUUCAUCAGGUGUCUCAGGUUUAUACACCCCUGGAGAACCAGUUACAUCCACCUUUGCAAAUAUUCAUAAGGAACCAAAGCAUUCUCUACAACAAGUGGGACACUGUCAGUAUGAAACUCAUGGCAGUUUGGGCCAGGAAUCCAUCCUGGCAGGUAGUGGAACUUGCUGUCCCACUCUAGACUGUGGCUCUACUCCAAAAGUGAAAUUCUCUGUUGGAAAUGAAAACAAAGAGAGCAAAACUCUGACUGAAGUAGCUCCACAGGUUGCUUUGCAAUCUGAAUUGAAUGUUGAAGCAAGGAGACUACUAGCAGCCAAAGCCCUGGCAAAUUUAAAUGAGUUUGUAGACAAGGAGGAAGUGAAAAAGAAGGUAGAAAUAUGGCAGAAAGAACUAAAUACCCGAGAUGGAGCUUGGGAAAAAAUAUGUGGUGAACAGGAUCCUUUCAUCCUAUGCAGUUUGAUGUGGUCUUGGGUGGAACAACUUAAGGAACCUAUAAUAACCAAAGAAGAUAUGGUCAUGUUGAUUGACAGGCACACAGAUGCUGCCGACGCACUAUUCUCAUUAGAGAAGGGACAGCACCAGACAAUUCUUUGCGUUUUACAUUGCAUAGUGAAUCUGCAGACAAUUCCUAUGGAUGUGGAGGAGGCUAUCCUAGCCCAGGCUAUUAAAGCUUUCACUAGGGUUAAUUUUGACUCUGCAAAUGGACCAGUAGUUUACAAUACCCUGAAGAAAAUAUUUAAACACACACUGGAAGAAAAAAGAAAAAUGGUAAAGGACAGCCCUAAGUCUGACUUUUAG